AUGCUGCGCAGCGGCUCACGCGCGUGCGUCUCCUGCGGGAAGCGCGCCGAGUCGUUCUGCGGCCGGUGCGAGGUGACGCCGUACUGCGGCGAGCGGUGCCAGUGGCGCGACUGGGCCGAGAGGCACAGGGCUGUUUGCCACAACCUGGCGCGAUUGGUGAAUGUUGACGCUAAAGAAGCUUCCGCGUCACCAGCUCCGGACUUGACGGUUAUCGAGCCUGUGGUACCUAAGGCCACCCCCUUGCGUCGUCCCCAUUCUCCGGCCAACCAGAAGACCAACUGGAACCAAAGGUCAGAAGAUACCGAUGGCCGACAAGUGAAGAACUACAGCGCUGGCCAGCAAAACACCGGCCGCAGCCGACAGGCCAGUAACCGGAACGACAGGUUUCAAGACAACAAACACAAGAAACACAACAGAGCCCCGGCAAGGCAGCAUCAAAACAGUCAGCAGGCUGAUGGGGUCGAAGAGGAAUGGGCAAUUGGUACACAGCCGAGCCCCCAUCGAACGAGCCGAACCCGCCCAGCGAGAGCCACAAGCAGUGCCCGCCGAUGCGGGCUCCGCACGCGGUGCCCCAGGCCGACCUUAAGCCGAAGGCCGACAUUAAGUCCGCAGGCCGACCUUAAGACCAAGGCCGACCUCAAGCCGAAGACCGACAUUAAGCCGCAGGCCGACCUUAAGACCAAGGCCGACCUCAAGCCGAAGGCCGACAUUAAGCCGCAGGCCGAGGUUAAGGCAGCCACUUCAGCCGCGACCGGACCGGCGGCCCUCGACAACGUGACGCCGCGCAAGAAGAUCGUGCCCAAGAAGUGCCUUAUCGAGCUGCUGUCUGUCGGCGACGUGGUAAUGCUCUCCGUAGACGGCCUGGCGUCCGAGUGCCGCGCCGGCUCUACGGGCUACGUGUGUUUGGCCCUCUGCGAGGCCUACGGCGGCGACUACGAGGCCCUCUACGAGACCUACGCGGCCGCCUGCGAGGCGGACGCUGAUGCGUACAAACCGGCCCCGGGACAGUCAUUCUCCUACCGGGACCCUGCCGAUGGCAGCUGGUACCGCGCCAGGUGUCUUGGACCCUCGCUCUGCUCCCUGCUCGACAACGCUCGACUGGUGACCCUCAAACCCGAAGACAGCUUGAAGAAGCUGCCCCAAGAGUUCGCGGAAUUGCCUGAGUUCUGUUGCUUGCUGAAAGCGGAUAAUGUUAAAAUCGGCGACAGCCUGAGGUGCACCGUCAAGUGUAAGCUGGCGGACGGCUGCAGGGUGGCCAUCGAGGCGGCGGAGUCCGGGGCUCCGCUGGGCGAGGGCGAAGUCUCCAGGUGGCUGCCCGAGGUGGAGCACCCCGCGCCGGCGCCCCCCCUCCCCGGCGGCGGCGCCGUAGGCAUGGCUACGGUGCCGCGUCCCGACCUGAAGGGCGGCUCGCGCGUGCUGCUGGUGGAAGCUGCUGACCCGAAGGCGGCGCUGGUGAGGGGUGCCGACUCCGCCUCCGUGAGGAGGUACGACGAGGCGCUCCACGGGGUGGCCCUCUACGGACAGGGGGCGACGCCUUUGAACGCGCCUCCGCAAAAAGGCCAGUUGGUUAUAAGCAAGUUCUCGGAUGGGGUCCAUUACAGGGCGCUUUGCAAACGCACCAGCGUCAAACAGAACAAGUAUCUUCUGGAGUACAUAGAGUUUGGCAACGUGGAAAUCGCGAAAUUGGAGGACAUCUACCCCUGUCCACCGGAGUUCGACCUGGACGCGAUGCCCGCUGAGGCGUCCGUGGUGAAUCUGCGGUGCGAAGUGACAGCCCUAACUGCUCCCGCCACGGAGUACAUAGAGCGGCUGAAGGAUUCCGUGGAGUUGAUUUUGAGCCUAUGCAGCGGUGCGGAGACGGAGCCGAGCGGUGCUGAAGUCGAGCUGGUCGUUGCCGACACGAAGAAGUCCGUCAACCGCAAACUGGAAGAGAUGUGCACGCCGGAGUGGAAGAAGAUGGAACAGAGGGGGGAGGAUGCUGUUGAGAGUGCAACGUUGAUGUUCAGCGAUCUGGAGUACCUGGAGUUGCCUCCGAACGGCUGCGAGAUUGUGGUGCUGGACGUGAGCCCCUUGGAAGGUGGCACCGUGUCCGGAUACAAGGUGGGGGAGCCACUUGCGAAGACCAUCCUGGAAGAACUCCCUAAGGAGCUCGAGGCGUACUGCAACAGUGCCCUGGGACGAGAGCCGUACCUGCCCAAGAUUGAGGAGCUUUGCGUGGCCCGGUGUCCGCCCUACGAGCAGUGGUUCCGCGCGGUGCUCUGCGAGCAGGUGCGCGGCGCGGGCGGCGCGUCCGUCCGCCUCUGCUACGUGGACUACGGGAACGUGGAGUGCGUAGCGGCUACGGAGCUACGCAAGAUGAUGCCCGAGUUCGUGCGCGGGAGGCCGGCCCUGGCCGCCCACCUCGAGAUCCGCGAUUUCCCGAAGGAGCCUACGGGUGAGAUGCUGGCGAGGGCUUUGCAGCACAUGAAGUACGACGAAUCCAAGGGCCUCCUCAGGGUAACCCGCUGCGAGAAGAUCGAGUCGGGCAUGUACCUAGUGGAUGCUCCGGACCUGAUCAAGGCCAUGUUGGGA